UCCCCAUGCUGCUGUGUUCGGGUGGACUCGGUUGUUCUCGGCUGUGUUCGGGAUGCUGUCAGGCCGAACCAACGCACUGAGCUAACGGACACAAAUGGCUGCAGCAUCUUUUGUUUUCCGACGCUUCAUCUGAAGAUCAGAAGGAGAAGCUGACCUCCGUAUGGAGAGGCAGUGGGGCGCUCUGUACUUGCCCUCUGCCGGUGUGACUGCAGUACCCCCCCACCCCUCAUCAGAGACCAGCUUUGUCUCUCAUCUUGUGAGGUGGGUCAGGGCUUUCCUCUCAUUGUAGACUCUUAUCUCCAUCUUGUGUCUUCAUGUUUUGGGGGUCCUCCUGUGCCCCUAACCUCCUCCGUCCACCCUGCACCAACUGCAACCACGGCCGGCCACCACAGUCACUUUGUUGCCAUGCCGACAGAGGCACUGACUCCUGCGCUGCCAGAUAGUAAGGCCACUGGCCCCCCUGUACCCUUCAGCUCCACUGUACCCCUCCGCAUCCUCAACAAGGGUCCUGACUACUUCAGGAGACAGGUGGACCCCAACCCCAAACGCCUCAGUGCAGUCGAGAGACUAGAAGCUGAUAAGGCCAAAUAUGUUAAGAGCCAGGAGGUCAUCAACGCCAAGCAAGAGCCAAUCAAACCUCCCAUACUGGCCAAGCCCGCUGUUGGCCACGCCCUUCUGUCCAAGAGAGGCCCUGGGAUUGGUGGAGGAGGGAUGCCAUUCAAAGCUUCCAAUAACAAUGCAAAGUCAAACACAUGCGCAACAAGCAGUGAUGGCAGCAAACGGGACAAUUUAAACCUGGAGAUCCUAAAAAACCUGCUGAAUUCAUCCUCCUCCCCAGGGGCGGGGUCUGAAGGACUAACAGGUGGAGCCAAGAGUGCUGUACUAAUGAGAUCAUCAGGGGGCGUAGCCAGGACCUGGGCGCCAUCCGGGAUCCCACUGACCUACAGAUCCACCAUGACUCUCAACGAGCCCCCUUCAGACUCGGCUCCCAGCCCAAGCACCUCACACUCCCUCAGAUCCUUCUCACAUUCUCUGAAGGUUCCUCCAAUGAACGGCAGGGGCCGUCACGGUCCAUCGCUCGUAGGAAACCUCAACCUCAGCCGGCGAGUCCAUGAUGAGAGAGGACGUGAAAAGGGAAUUGUGGAACGCUCUCAUUCGCCGCUACCGCCUCUGCUCACCUCACACUCGUCCUCCGACCUUCUACGAUUGUGUAACAGUAAACCUCUACGCACCGCUCGAUCCAGUAGCUCCUCAGCUCCACCUCUCCCCCCAAAGCCCAACCCCUCCUCUCUCCCUCCCCCUGCCUUGUCCCUGUCUCUGCCCCGUCCUCAUCCAGCUGUGUCCGCGCCCUGUGACAACAUCGCUCCACCGUCGCUAGUUUGUGACUACAGAGAUCCUCCCAAUGCGUCAGCGGAUUCAAACGUCGAUUUGGAGCUCGGCUCCACUGGGGCGCGCCGCUCUUCGCUACAUAGAUCCAAGUCAGAUCUGUCGGAUCGGUAUGCCCGGGCUGGAGCUGACGUUGAACGUUUUUUUAACUACUGCGGCCUCGACCCUGAGGAGCUGGAAGCGGUCGGUCCGGAGAACUUUGCACGGGCCAACUCGGACAUUGUCAGCUUAAACUUUCGAUCUGCUUCUAUGAUUUCCUCCGACUGUGACCAGUCACGGCGAUCGUCUAAUGAUGGCGUGUCAGAGGGGGACGAGGGUGAGGAUGAGGAGGAGGAGGAGGCUGGGGAGCGCGUACCGUAUGGCAUCUCAGCUGUGGAGCGAAAUGCAAGAGUCAUUAAAUGGCUCUACAGCAUCAAACAGGCCAGAGAGACGCAGAAGGUCUCACAUGUUUAGGGUCGGUGCGGUCGUGGACCACAGGUGCCAUCAAUCACAGACAAUCCCUCACUGAAUGCGGCGGAUGAGUCACAAACUAGUGUUUGGACUGAAAUCAAAGGUUAAAGCUGGGACGAACAGAACUGACCCAAACCAGAUGGUACAUGAAGCAGAACCACAGGGUUCAGAUCAGGACAAACAGAAACAGAACUUAGGAAGGUGUAAAUAAACAUUUAAACCUGCUUUUUGUGAUAAGAGAGACAGUGCGCCUCAGAAGCAGGACCUGCUGAAUGCUCUGCAGCCGUCUGGAGGCAGAACGAGGAACCACUUCCUCACUGAGGAUGUUUUGGUGAAACAACAUGAGCUGGUUUCCUUUCUUUGAUCAUCGCUACAUGUUCUCAUCUUUGAGGUCAUUUGAACUGACCUCUGUUGUCCUUCACUCAGAAUGGCUGGUCAAUCAAAGAGAUGUUGGUGGGAGCAGCUUCUGCCACGGCAACGAACCCAACACGGCCGUUCCUGGAGAAGCAGACGCAUCAUUUUUAUUUUGAGGUCUAAGAAGCAGAAGACAAACACCCUUUGUUACAGUGUGAAUACUGCCGCCUUCAGCUGAGCUCAACUGAAGUUUUUGCACAUCUCAUCUUCUGCCUGGUUUCAGAGUUUUUGUUCUGGAGUGAACGUGGUGAAGUGUGAUGACUUCUGCUAACCGAAGGUUUUCUUCUGAUGGUUUAGAAAUGAAACAAGUGAUUCCGAGUGGAACACAGAGUUCAGUCUAAAUGCAUAUGGACAUGGUCCUGCACAGUCCACUAUUGUCCCUGUGUGUGUGCGUGCGUGAGUGCGUGCGUGUGUGUGUAGGUGUGUGUGUGUGGAAGGGGGGGUUCUGAUGAAGCUGGGUAUGUUCUGUAUACCCUGAACCGUACAACCGAUGUUAUGUGUACCAAACACUCUCCAUUAAAAAACAAGACACACAA